UUCGUGAACUUCAAGAUGGCAGUGCUGUUAAUCUAACGGGUGAAUGAUAAUUAGAACCUGAAUAGCUUUUGUAUCAGGUUUUAGACUUACAUUCACGUCAAAUUGCUUUCCACGUGAGUUUGACAAAUAACUAAUAAGCUUCGAAGAAUAUUGAUUCUUCCAUUUUAUCGUCAACAGAAGUUUAUGAUAAAAGGAAUUACACCCCAGUGAACACGUUAAAUUAAUAACAUGAUAGAGAAAAAUGAAGAUAAUACCGACACCGAUAGCAAUCUUGACAGAAGAAAACUAAUAUCCGACAAGAAAACAUUUUUGGAGAAACACUUUCUUGAGGUUCAAAAGGAAAUCAAAGUUUCCUUCGCACAAUUGGCACAGACAUUAUAUGCUAGAGAGAAACAACUGUUACGGCAGUCAGAAGCACUUUAUAGACAACAAAUAUCUUUGACAUUAUCAAAUCCUGAAAUUCUUCCUCCGUCUAUAACAAUAUUAGAUGAUAGGAACACCCUUGAAGAACAAAUUAAACAAUUUGGAAGAAUAGAACUGACAGGUUCUAACACGACAGUAAUUACUGACUUAGAACCAUAUAAGAUUCAGGAAUAUCAAGAUAUUAAUAAAGAUCAUGUCAGCUUCGACAAAUCUGUUAAAGGUUCAGAGGAUGUUUCUCCUAAUGGUGAUAUGGAAGAGUUAUCUACAGUAGAAGACAGAAAGGUGAAAAAUAUCACCAAUGGUUUAAAAACAUUUAGCAUAGAGUACCUAACAGAAAAUACCAGUAAGAUUUCUAAUUUUCAAGACAAACAAUCUGAAGAAAAUUUGAACCGAUCUCCAAAAAUAAAUCCAGACUUCAAAAACAAUGAUCUUAAUUUCGAAAAUGCCAUUACUGAGCAACAGAAUGAUGGCACAAUUCUCAGGAAUUCUGGAAGAAAUAUUAUGGAAGAGCAGCAAAAUUCUCAUGAACUGCCAAAGCAAGUUCAACAAUGGUUAGAUCAGAUAGUUCUGGAAACAGAAACAGAGCCAACUAUACAUGAAGUAAAAAAACACUUAAAAUAACAAUGAUAUGUCUGCAAAAAGUUUUAACUGGAAACGUAAAAUUGAUAUUUGAUUAAGUGAACCAUCAUCUCACUAUAUUUUCUCUCAUACAUUUAUUCCUACUUUUCUUGCAGACAACUAAUUAAAUUAUUUUAAUUAAAUAACUUAUGAUCUUACCUCCUUUA